AUAUAUGCUCUGCACUCACUGACUUUGGCUCAUGGCACUGCAUCCAAUUCAAUUCUUUAUGAAGUUGAUUUUGGAUCUUUUAGAGAAAUAAAAGAAAAUAUGGAGAACAACCCCUACGACGACUUUUACUGUUCAGCCUCUUACUCAGACCAGUCAACAAUGGCUCCACCUCCGCCGUUUGAGAAGGAGGAGGAUGUUUCAAAACCACUAUGUGCUAAAGUUGCUUCUCACCCUCUCUUUCCUCACCUCCUCCAUGCAUACAUCGAUUGCCAAAAGGUGGGAGCGCCACAAGAUGUGGCACACCUAUUAGAAGGAAUCAAAGGAGAUCAUGUGAUAUCUGAUGGCUUCUUGGAUGAUGAUCCCGAGCUCGAUCAUUUCAUGGGAGCGUUUUGCGAUUUGUUGGUGAAGUUCAAAUCGGAUCUUGCAAGGGUUUUUGACGAGGCAACCAUGUUCCUCAGCCACAUGGAAACGCAGCUUCACUCCAUCUGCAACGACCCUGCUGCCACAAACAACACUCCUCAACCUGAUGAAGUUACUGGAUCAUCUGGAAAAGAUUUGAGUAGGGAGGAGAAAGAGGCAAAUGAGUGCAAGAGGGUAAAUGAAGUUCAAGAGAUGAAGAGUAACCUUCUACGUAGAUAUAGCGGUUACAUUACUAAUCUGAAGCAUGAAUUUUCCAAAAAGAAGAAAAAAGAAAAGCUACCAAAAGAAGCAAAACAAAUCUUACUUGCAUGGUGGAAUCUUCAUUUUAAAUGGCCGUACCCAACUGACGCGGAUAAGGUUGCCUUAGCUGAAUGGACUGGUUUAGAGCAGAAGCAAGUAAAUAAUUGGUUUAUAAACCAAAGAAAGCGCCAUUGGAAACCAACAGAGGGAAUUCACGCUGCAAUUUUUGAUGGUCUAUAUGGACCCCUGCACGAGUGAGAGAGACUGGGAUCUACUGCUCCAUUAAUUUUGUUGCAUUGUUCGAUCAUAUGAUUGAUCACAAUAAGUGAUGAGUUUUAUAUGCCUAUCAACCAUACUUAUAUGCUUUAUUUUGCUUUCAUAUUGGAUGGCAUCAUGUGAUGAGAAACUAGCAAUUAUCCUGUGGAUUGCAGGAUAUAUGUAAAUAAAGGUAGCAUAUAUAUAAAAAUAAA